AUGGCCGCCCUGCGAUCCUUUGGAGCGCCGCUCCGCUGGGCCGCCUCGUCGGCGCGCACCGCCGUCCGCUACAACUCGUCGAGCAGCUCGUCGACGUCGGCGAUUGCGUACAAGGCGCUGCGGCGGCGAUCGGCGCCGCUGCCGCUGACCGAGGCGCCGCCGUCGUGGUCGGCGCAGGCGGCCGUGUCCAACAUCCUGUACGAGACGCCGACGCCGAGCAUGGCGCCGCCGAAGCGGCACAUCCUCAACUGCCUGGUGCAGAACGAGCCGGGCGUGCUGUCGCGGCUGUCGGGCAUCCUCGCCGCGCGCGGCUUCAACAUUGACUCGCUCGUCGUCUGCAACACCGAGGUCGAGGACCUGUCCCGCAUGACCAUUGUGCUCACCGGCCAGGACGGCGUCGUCGAGCAGGCCCGCCGCCAGCUCGAGGACCUCGUCCCCGUCUGGGCCGUCCUCGACUACUCGGGCGCCGCCCUCGUCCAGCGCGAGCUGCUCCUCGCCAAGAUCAACAUCCUCGGCCCCGAGUACUUUGAGGAGCUGCUCGCCCACCACCGCGAAAUCACCACCGGCGACCACCACGCCGCCGCCGCCGACCCCGAGCUCACCCACGAGAACCAGCAGACGCUCGAGGAGAGCGCCGCCCGCGACUUCCACCCCAGCAAGCUGGCUGCCUCCGAGGCCCUCCGCCACAAGCACGAGCAUCUCAAGACCAUUACCUACUUUACCCACCAGUUUGGCGGCAAGGUCCUCGACAUUAGCACCGUCAGCUGCAUUGUUGAAGUUUCUGCCAAACCCUCCAGAAUCGACUCCUUCCUCAAGCUCGUCGCUCCUUUCGGUAUCCUCGAGUCCGCCCGUACCGGUCUCAUGGCCCUGCCCCGAUCCCCCCUCAAGGGACCCAACGAGGAGCAAUUGACUCUCGAGGCUGACGAGAUUGUCGACGCCAGCCAGCUCCCCCCUGGUUAA